AUGGCUUUCCUUAAUCAGAUCAUUGACGACUUUUUUCUCCCGAACUCAGGGACUGCCCAAUCCUCAGGGGAUUUGCGGAACACGCCCGCCUGUGCCAAUCCGGGCAACUCUAUCAGUCGACUUCACCGGCCGAUAGUGUGCAAAUGCAUAUUAUGCACAGACAAAACCACAAACUGUUCCGAGGUUCAUUACAAUAGGGAUCUUUUAUCUUGGCCUCAAAAAACCCAUGUCGUCGGUGUUGGUUACACCAACCCACGAGAGCUAGAACCCGCCACUACCACUCGACCACCAUACAGCUCUUCGCCAUGUGUAGCCCAUAAAACGUAUCUGCCAUCGCAGCUCGCCAACAACACUGACGGGCGACUGGUGACUUCAAAUAUUGGCUGGACAAAACGAUUAAAACGAGGGACAGUUACUAGAGAGAAUAGCCUCAAUGGUCUAUUUGGGGCCUUUUACAAGCAGAAUAGCCCAUGCAGAAACCAAGAUCUUUUUGCCGUCACCCCGAAUGCUACUGCCAGAAGUGGAGCUGCUAUCCAUAAGUCAUUUGGCAAGUCGAUAACGCUUAAGAGGCCCUGCGUGCCGGUAAUGUCUGACAAUCUAAGUCAAGCGACUGUAUGGCACAGCCAGGCGGCAGCAUUUGCACCCCCACCUCGGCUUCACCUCCACCCAACCCCAUAUCACCAGCUUUAUCCAAGCGAACCCCAUCCACCACAACCAGCAGCUCUAACUUCACCGUCCCCAGCUUUGGCUGGAGAAGCUAGUAACUUGACAGAACCUCCAGGUAUGGAAGAUUCAAAGAUUCAGCGAGCAGAAGAGAGCGACCGGUCCGACCUGAGCUGA